AUGCUGUGCUCGCGCCUGCUCUCCGCCGUGACCAAGAGCGCGCUGGCGCCGGCCUCGCUGCUCCCCGCCAUUGCCCGUCAGCCCGCCACUGCCGCUGUUGCCGGUGUGCGCAGCGUGCCGUCCACCGCCAGCUGGUUCGCCGCGGAGGAGACGCCCAUCGCCAUGGAGCUGCUCAACCGCAACGCUCGUCGCCCGAAGAAGGCCAACCACGGCAAGCGUCCGUGCUCGCACCACCGCCGCCGUCAGAAACGGCUCGGCGCCAAGAAGGCAUAA